UUAUAUCUACAUUUCAAUACAGUUACUACUACUUUUGUUUCUCUGUUUGUGCCUUUCUGCUUUCACCUUUCUUCAGUUCUCUCUUAGUUUAUUAGAUUCUGCAAUGGCCCUUCGUUGUUCUCAAAACUCUUGUGGUCUUUUGGCCUUAUUUUUGUCUCUUCUUGUCCUAGUAGUUUCUCUUCAAUGCCAAGUAGCUUCUUCUGCUGUGCUGUUAAGCAUGAAACAUAAGCACAACCAUGUGAACAAUCAGAGACCAAUGGUCCAAAAAACCAACCAAAGCAUUUGUUCAUUGUUUGAGGGUGCUUGGGUCCGUGAUGAAACUGAAGGAUACCCUCUUUACCAAUCUUCUAGCUGCCCUAUCAUAGACCCAGAAUUCAAUUGCCAAAUGUACGGUCGACCCGAUUCUGAUUACCUCAAAUACCGUUGGAAGCCCGUCGAUUGUGAACUCCCAAGGUUCAAUGGGGUUGAGUUUCUGCUGAAUAUGAAAGGCAAAACCGUGAUGUUUGUCGGUGACUCGUUGGGAAGGAACCAAUGGCAGUCUUUGAUUUGUAUGCUAUCAGCUGCAGCACCUCAGGCACAAACACAUAUGGUCAGGGGAGAUCCUCUUUCAGUCUUCAGAUUCUUGGACUAUGGUGUGAGCAUUUCAUUUUACAGAGCUCCUUAUUUGGUGGAUGUGGAUGUGAUCCAAGGGAAGAGAAUUCUGAGGCUAGAAAAGGUAGAUGAGAAUGGUGACGCAUGGAGGGGUGCUGAUGUGCUGUCUUUCAACACAGGGCAUUGGUGGAGUCAUCAAGGAUCUCUUCAAGGGUGGGAUUAUAUAGAAUUGGGAGGCAAAUACUACCCAGAUAUGGAUCGGUUAGCAGCUUUGGAAAGGGGUAUGAAAACAUGGGCUAAUUGGGUGGACAAUAAUAUUGAUAAAAGCAAAAUCAGGGUGUUCUUUCAGGCCAUUUCUCCCACACACUACAACCCAAAUGAAUGGAAUGUGGGUCAGACAACUGUGAUGACAACAAAGAACUGCUAUGGUGAAACUGCCCCAAUCAGUGGCACAACAUACCCUGGAGCAUACCCUGAGCAGAUGAGGGUUGUUGAUAUGGUCAUAAGAGAAAUGAAAAACCCUGCAUAUCUUUUGGACAUCACAAUGUUAUCAGCAUUGAGGAAGGAUGGUCACCCUUCAAUUUACAGUGGUGAAUUGAGUCCUCAGAAGAGAGCUAACCCUAAUCGAGCUGAUUGCAGCCAUUGGUGUCUUCCUGGAUUGCCUGAUACUUGGAAUGAACUAUUCUACACUGCUUUGUUCUACUAAAUUAUGUAUUUACUAGCUAAUUAACACUGUUCACUCACUGUAUUUUUAUUUUAUUUUUUUUGUUUUGUUUCUGCCACCAAAUUAUCUUUAGUAGGUGGUGCAUUAAUUGAGGGUUGCAUAAUUAUUGCAACUCGUUGCAACUGUGAAGUUAUGUAUGCUAAGGAAAUGAAAAAGUUUCUUUGUUGCUCUAUUAA